CGAAGGAAGGCCAGACAAUUGUUGUACAAAGCAUCCCACUUCUCUAGGGUUGUGUCAGGGUGAUCCAUAAUUUGAAAGCAGUGGUUUCCAUCUUUUUCUUUUAGCAACCACAUCAGGAGCGGCAACAGAGAGGCCGAGGUCCACCAAAUGCCUCCUCUAAGCAGUUAGUCACUCAUCGCCAUGGCCUUAUCUUCAUCAUCCACGUCUGUGGAAAAUGCAGCCGGCUGCCCCAUCUGCUUUGAAUGUCUAACACAUCCCGUGACCCUGGACUGUGGCCACAACUUUUGCCGAGGCUGCAUCACCAAAUACUCUGAGGAAUGGGAAUGGAUGGGGGAACUGGAAUGUCCAAUUUGCAAAGCAAAGUUCCAGAAAGGGCACUUCCGUCCUAAUUGGCAGCUGGCAAGUUUAGUACAAGAAAUUAAACAGUCGCAAACACAGGAUCUGUGUUUGCAACACAAGGAAAAACUCCACCUCUUCUGCAAAGAAGACCGUAAAUUGGUGUGCUUCGUUUGCGAGCGAUCCCCAGAACACAAAGAACAUACUAUGAUUCUCAAGGAAGUGGCUGCCCAGGAAUACAAGGAUCUCCUCACCGGUCCUUUGGAGCUUCUGAAGCAGGAAAGGACACAAGUUCUGAAAUGCAAAGAAGAAAGAGAAAAAGAAAGCCAUGACUUGCUUAGACAGACAAAAGCAGAAAUGGAAAAGAUGAAAACAGAAUUUCAGCAACAGCACCAGUUUUUGGAAGAACAGGAGAAGCUUUUGAUGGCCCAGAUGGAAGAGGUGGAGAAGGAGAUUGCCAGGAAAAGGGAGGAGCACCUGGCCAGGCUCUCUGAGGAACUCUCCUCUCUUGGAGGUCUCAUCCGGGAGAUGGAGCAGAAGCGCCAGCAGCCCCCAGAGGAACUCCUGCAGAAUGUUAGGCAUCUUGCAAAGAUAAACCUUAGUCUUCUCUCCAUCAGCCAUGAGAAGAAGGAGAAAUUUCAGUAUCCUCCGGCUUUCCCUCCUGAGCUGAAGUCGAAGAUUCAGGAUGUCCGAGAUAAAAAUACCUUUCUAGCUGAGAGGAUGAAGCAGUUCAAAGAUGCUGGAUCCCUAGCACAGAAAGCAAAUGUCACUCUGGAUCCAAAGACAGCACAUCCCAAACUCAUCCUAUCCGAGGAUCUCAAAAGUGUGAGACAUGAAUUAAAGUCGCAAGAUGUUCCCAACAAUCCUGAGAGAUUCAACAUCUGGCCUUUUGUGCUGGGUAGUGAGGGGUUCACAGCUGGCAGACAUUACUGGGAAGUCACUGUGGGAAAUGAGGGAGCUUGGGCUGUGGGGGUGGCCAGGAAGUCCAUACGGAGGAAACACAAUGUUGGUUUGGAAAUGAAGGAAGGGAUCUGGGCUGUGGGGAAAUGGGAAGGUGAAUACAAGGCUUUCAGUGAUCCUCCCCAAUCUUUUCUUCCCUUCAGUGGGAAGCUGAGGAGGAUCCGGGUGUCUCUGAGCUAUGAAGAGGAACAGGUGGCCUUUCAUGAUGCCAAUACAGCAUCCCAUCUCCACACCUUCUAUGGAGCCACUUUCUCUGGGGAGACCCUUCUCCCCUUCUUUUGUGUGGAUGGAAAAGGUUCCCUCACAAUUUUAAGGCAGCCAAGCUGACCUCAGAGGGAAAUCAACCCUGAACACAAUUGUGUCUCCUCCCCCUUUGGCAAACCCCCCCCCCCAAGAGAAGCUUCUGGCCAAAAUUCUCUCCAGAAAACAAUCUGAAUCAAGAUAGAAGGGGAUCUGCUUUUCUUCCUCCCUUUACCAGAAAUCUUUUCUCCCUUUGCCAAGGAAUUCUUAAAGAGACACGUAGCCCCUUUUCCUAAGAAGCAGUGACCUGAAAUCUCUUCUCUGUAUUUUCCGGAAGAGUGCUACCCUUUGUUUCUAGUCUCUCUUUUCCUUUGCUCCAACCUUCCAAAAGCUGUGUGUUUGUUCCUAAGAUGCCCUGUCUCCAAAAUAAAAAGACACCAUCUUUCCUUCUGUGUUUGUUCUUAAGAUGCCCUGUCCACACGAUCCGCCCCCAAAAUAAAAAGACACCAUCUGUCCUUCUCUCAAGAGCCCCAACCCCGAGAAUGAGGAAAUCUUUGUGACUUGUUGGAGGAAUGUGCCAUUUUCAGGCCAAAUCUCUGACCUCAAGAAAACUAACUUGUGCAUUUCCCUCACAAAAAUAAACAUGCUUAUUGUUUUGCUAUUAUAAUGGGCUGGUGUGGUUUU